CGGAAGCUGCCUGGUUUUUCACCCGGAAGUUAGCUUGCAUGUCGGGGUUGUGUUCGUGGUAGAAGCUACUUUUCUCCUCGAUGGCGAACAGAACCGUGAAGGAUGCGAACAGCAUCCACGGGACGAACCCGCAGUACCUGGUGGAGAAGAUCAUCCGGACCCGAAUCUACGAGUCCAAGUACUGGAAGGAGGAAUGCUUCGGCCUCACCGCCGAGCUGGUCGUGGACAAAGCCAUGGAGCUGAAGUUCGUUGGAGGAGUUUAUGGAGGAAACAUCAAGCCCACCCCCUUCCUCUGCCUCGCACUGAAGAUGCUGCAGAUUCAGCCGGAGAAAGACAUCAUCGUGGAGUUCAUAAAAAACGAGGAUUUCAAAUAUGUUCGUCUCCUCGGAGCCAUGUACAUGAGGCUGACGGGCACUGCAGCGGACUGUUACAAGUACCUGGAGCCUUUGUACAACGACUACAGAAAGAUCAAGAGUCAGAACAGGAACGGAGAGUUUGAGUUGAUGCACGUUGACGAGUUUAUCGACGCGCUUCUUCACGAAGAGAGGAUGUGUGACAUCAUCCUGCCCCGGCUUCAGAGGAGACAAGUCCUCGAGGAGGCGGAGAUGUUGGACCCACGCAUCAGCGCUCUGGAGGAAGACCUGGAUGAAGUGGAGACCAGUGAUGAAGAAGAUGAGGAAGAAGACAAGCAGCAGCAGCAGGAGAGACUCCAGACCCCUGAACCUCACAGACGGAGUUACCGGGACAGUGACCGGCCUCGUCGCUCCCCGUCACCUCGCUACAGACGCAGCCGCUCGCCCAGACGGAGGAGCAGAUCUCCGAAGAGGAGGAGCCCGUCACCGCGGAGAGAGCGCCAUCGCAGCAAGAGCCCCCCCCGCAGACACCGCAGCCGGUCCCGGGAGCGGCGUCACCGCUCCAAAUCCCCAGGUCAGAAAACAGGUCACCACAGGAGCCACCGACAUCGCAGCCACUCCAAGUCUCCAGAGAGGAGUUCAAAAAAGAGCCACAAGAAGAGUCGGAGAAACGAGUGACCUCCUUUGUACUGUACAUCUUUUUCUUUUUCCAUCGGAGCCUCGUAUGAAACGUGACUUCUGUUUUUAUGGUCGUGUCGUUCUGAGUCUGUGAAGCUUUUGUUUCAAACCUUUUCUGUUGAUUGAGUUAAUAAAGAUUCUGAUCGAUUGGU